UCUCGUGGGUAGCGGAUGUCAGCAGAGCACAUUGGAUAAAACUCGUUCGAUUCGAGCAUUUCGAGGAAGUCGCAUGCGCGCUUAGCAGAUUUUUAAAUAUCAUUAGAAAAUUUACGAUAACCCUCCAACUUUAAAACAACUAAAAUAAUUAGAGGAACAAGAAACUAAUUUAAAAAUGGCGGCCGUGAACGCAUCACAAACGGAUUAUUGGAACUUUCUGUUCAUUGAAUUGGCUGAUCCGCGUACAAAUGACUGGUUUCUGAUCAAGUCGCCACUGCCAUUGCUGACAAUUCUGGGCUUCUAUUUGUACUUUGUGCUAUCCUGGGGACCUCGCUUUAUGAAGGAUCGCAAACCUUUCAAACUGGAACGCACUUUGCUGGUCUAUAACUUCUUUCAGGUGGCACUGAGUGUCUGGAUGGUGUACGAGGGCGUCGUUAUCUGGAAAUAUUACAGCUGGCGUUGCCAGCCUGUCGACUGGUCGCGCACACCAAAGGCAUAUAGAGAGGCACGUGUUGUCUAUGUCUACUAUAUGGCCAAAAUAACUGAGCUGCUGGACACGAUUUUCUUUGUGCUGCGCAAGAAUGAUCGGCAGGUGACCUUCCUGCAUGUGUAUCAUCAUACGGUUAUGCCCAUGAUCAGCUGGGGAACCUCCAAAUACUAUCCUGGCGGACAUGGUACCUUCAUUGGUUGGAUCAACUCCUUUGUGCACAUCGUCAUGUACUCGUACUAUUUCCUGUCAGCCUUUGGACCCCAAAUGCAAAAGUAUCUGUGGUGGAAGAAGUACAUUACCAAUCUGCAAAUGAUCCAAUUCUGCUGCGCCUUCAUACAUCAAACGCAACUGUUGUACACAGACUGUGGUUAUCCGAGAUGGUCUGUCUGCUUCACGCUGCCCAAUGCCGUGUUCUUCUACUUCCUGUUCAAUGACUUCUACCAGAAGUCCUACAAGAAGAAGCAGGCAGCGGCCAAGGCAAAGGCCGUUAAGGAUAGUGACAAUAACAACGACAGCUGUGCCAAGAACUUUAAUGCCGCCAUCCAAGAAUCGACAGCUCAGAAGAAGGUGCUGUAAGAGAUGCUUAAAGACCGGCUAAUAUCAUACCACCUUACCCCAUCCAACCAUCCAGCCGUUCUCCCAUUCCCUAAGUCUUCCAUUUCCCAAAUAAUCAUACAAAGCAGACGUAUGAGGAGUUAAAUUUCAAAUGGCAUUUAUGAAAUUGAACAUUCUGUCCAUAAAGCGGGCGUUUGUUCUAUGUACAACUUUGUUGACUAAUUUGUUAAGUAAUUUACCGCCAAAAAAGAAGAAGAUCAGAGAUAAUAUUGAGAAUGAGGUUUGAGUUAGUAGACAAACAGUUCAAUGCUUUUUCACAACCAUCGCUUCGUUUGAUGUAUGUCAUGUUUGUGUUUCUUUAUGAACCGACACAAAAUGAAAGAAGUUGUAUGUUUAUUCGGCCCACAGCCGAAUUAAGUUAAGUGAACGAGGAAAUUAGUUGUGUAAAUAAGUUAAGGUACCCAAAAUGUCUUGCAUAGAUUUUAUAUUUGUAUACACAUAUAGAAUAAUAUUCAUAUUGAUAUUGGUAUGUAAAGUAAUUAGGCAUAAACGAAAAGAAACCACAAAUACAAAUACAAUUUACAAAUACAUAUUAAAAUUAAAUAAUUUUUCUAAACAAACAAAA